CAAGGACAUUGAUCUGUCACCCAUCUUUUCAGCACUCGUCACCUUUUUUCUCUCGCGGAUCUUCUCUGCCAUCUGACCGACGAUUUCUUAAGGAUCGGUUUUCUCGUGUGGUAAGCGGGAAUAAUUUAUACGGAAGAUCGCUCGAUCACUCUCACAUCAGCUCAAAGUGGUCCCGAUUUCCCGAGCGAGAGAACAGUGGAUCACGUGUGGGAGCAGUCUAUCCUUGGCCACCAAAUAAAGCCGGGGAUAGAGUAUCAGAACACCUACGUGUGGAGUCACCGAUGUCCUUGGUGGGGACUGAGUUAGACAGAAGACCACCUACGAACCUACCGACGGGCAUAUCGAUGGCUUUUGGACGAGCUGCUCCAGGAUAUUAUGCACCCCGAUACCCAAAUCGGGAAACCUGCUUUGGUUCAAAUGUCCGACGUGUGCGCGAUCCAAAUUUCCUAUAUAGUCUGUCGGAGCGUACACUAGAGCAGUAUGAGAUGUGUGACCAAUAUCGGAGAAAGCACCUUUCCGAAUUGCCGGAGACGACCGAGUAUCAGGAUCGAUUUUUGGCACAUAUACCGACAGAGAAAAAGAGAACCCUCUAUAGAGACUACUAUCCAGGAGAGAAGAAAUACGAAAAGUGCUAA